AUGUUGAUAUUCCAAUUAAAAAGACUGGUUCCCGUUUUAUUUAUUAUAACUUUACAUCGUGUAGCGGCCAUAAGAACUUAUACCAAAGAUGAUUUAGUAAAAUUAAGAGAGGAAGUGAAAGAAAUGUUUUAUCAUGCUUACGAUAGCUAUUUAAAAUUUGCUUAUCCUUAUGAUGAACUCAGACCUAUUAGCUGUGAUGGAGUAGAUACAUAUGGAAGUUACUCCCUAACUUUGAUAGAUGCCUUGGAUACAUUAGCAAUAAUGGGAAAUUAUACAGAAUUUCAAAGGGUAGUCGAUAUUAUUUCAGAAAAGAAAAAUUUUGAUGCAAAUAUUAAUGUUUCUGUAUUUGAAACGAACAUAAGAAUCAUCGGGGGUUUGCUGAGUGCACAUCUUUUGUCUCACAAAGCUGGGGCCAAAUUGGAGCCAGGCUGGCCUUGCAAUGGCCCUUUAUUAAGAUUAGCUGAAGAUGUAGCUAAAAGACUCAUAGUGGCUUUUGAUACCAAAACUGGCAUGCCUUAUGGAACUGUUAAUUUGCACAGUGGGGUGCCUAAGGGAGAAACGACAGUUACUUGUACUGCAGGUGUUGGGACUUUUAUUGUUGAGUUUGGUACACUCAGUAGGCUGACUGGAGAUCCUUUGUAUGAAGAGGUGGCCUUAAAUGCUCUCUACUCACUUUUUAACCACAAAUCCCAAUUGGGUCUAUUCGGCAACCACAUAGAUACUGACACAGGCAGAUGGACAGCUCAAGAUGCUGGUAUUGGAUCCGGUAUUGAUUCUUACUUUGAAUAUUUGGUUAAAGGUUCUAUUCUCCUUCAAAAACCUGAACUGAUGGAAAUGUUCCAUGAAGCCAAGAAAUCUAUUGAUAGAUAUAUGAAGAAAGAUGAUUGGUAUAUGUGGGUGUCGAUGACCAAAGGACAGAUAACUUUGCCUGUGUUUCAAUCAUUGGAAUCAUAUUGGCCUGGUGUGUUAAGCUUAAUAGGUGAAACUUCAAGUGCUAUGCGCACCCUUCAUAAUUACCAUCAAGUUUGGCAACAAUAUGGAUUCACACCAGAAUUUUACUAUAUUCCCCAAACAGAAGCGGGUGCCAACAAGGAGAGUUAUCCCUUGAGGCCAGAACUAAUUGAAUCCAUUAUGUAUCUCUACAGAGCCACUGAGGACCCUUUUCUUUUACAAGCAGGCGAGGACAUUUUGAGAAGCAUCCAACAUAGUGCAAAAACACCAUGUGGGUAUGCCACUAUCAAAGAUGUCAGAGACCACAAAAAGGAAGACAGAAUGGAAUCAUUCUUUCUAGCAGAAACAACAAAAUAUCUGUAUUUACUCUUUGACACUGACAAUUUCAUCCACAACCAAGGACAAGAAGGUACUGUGAUAAACACACCCAAUGGUGAAUGUAUCAUUGAUGCUGGUGGUUACAUCUUCAACACUGAAGCCCAUCCAGUUGAUCCAGCAGCUUUACAUUGUUGCCACAGCUUGGCCAACAAAGAUUUACUGGAUUUUGAUUAUUUGAAGAAGAACCAAGAGCUGUUCAAAGGCGAAACGGUUAAGGAAAGAAAGAACCAGAAGCUGCCUGAAGUUGUUGAAGAGACAAUUGCAGAUAGUAUUGAUGAAGAAGUUAUAAUUACUACGGAAUCGACCACUGGUUAUGUAAAGUUGGAAGAUAACGAUAACGUCAGUCAAAAAAUCACUGGUGAUGAAUUCCAGGAUAACAAUAUUUCAGAAAAUGUGGAAAAAUUAUCAUUUUCGAAGAUUAUUGAUCAGGUGUUGUCAAAGGAGAGCCAAAAAUUCGAUCCUCAAGAAAUGCUGGAACGGUUCAGGGUGGAGAAUAAAUAUCCCAGGAAUAAAACUUGGGAGAGUAACUAUAAAUUGUUGGUUUGCAAAGCACAGCCAUUUAUGCAGAGGUUGUCUGUAAUGGGGGAAUUUUUUAAUAAAUAA